ACCGAACAAACAUUGUUGUUGUUUGAGUCAUUUCAGUAUUUUUCGUUAUUUAAAGUAAAAGUUUUCAAUUAAAAUGUGAAAUUUAUACAACCAAUUCGACAUACACUUAAAACUUAAUUCACAGGAAUUCUUCUGUAUGUUAGUUUUUAUUAUAUGAUGCGAACUUUGUCGAUGUAUGACUUUGAAAAGUUAUCGAAUAUUAACUUCAGUUACUACAACUAGUAUAGUGAAUGUUUAUUAAUUGAAAUAAAUACGUUUAUUGCUCGUUUGUGCAUAAAACAUUCUACAACAUGUUCAUUUAUAUGAGUAAAAAGAUUGCCAUUCCUAAGCAGUCAAAUGUUACUUGUAUAUCAUGGAAUCAUUCCUCAGGCUAUAUUGCAGUGGGUGGGGAAGAAGGAAUGUUAAAAGUUUUAAAAUUGGAGUCUGGUGGUGGAGGAAAUCUGUCUAUGAACUUGAGUCUGGAAGGGCACACGGGCCAAUUGCGAGUAGCUAUUUGGAAUGAGGUGUACCAGAAACUGACCACAAGUGAUGAACAUGGAGUCAUCAUUGUCUGGAUGUUGUAUAAGGGUUCCUGGUAUGAAGAAAUGAUAAACAACAGAAAUAAAUCUACUGUCUCAAGUAUGGCUUGGGGCUCAGAUGGCCAAAAGAUAUGUAUUGCCUAUGAGGAUGGUGCUGUCAUAGUUGGAUCUGUGGAUGGGUCCAGGGUAUGGGGUAAAGACAUAAAAGGGCCCGGCCUUACUGCUGUGCAAUGGUCUCCAGACAACACUCAGUUGCUGUUUGCUCUGGUUGGCGGAGAGCUGCAGCUGUAUGACGACCAAGGAAAUUUAACAAUGCCAGUUGCCAUAAAUGGUGUGACGGCAUCGAUGGAGGUGGUCGCAAUGGAUUGGUACGCCGGCAAGGCGCCGCCCAACCGACCAGUGCUGAUGAUAUGCUACAAAAGUGGAAUUAUUUUGCUGAUGAAAAAUUGCGUGGAAGAAGAUAGCAUAGUAGUUGAAACUAACAUGAUGGCUAUUGACUGCCAUUGGAACCACAAUGGAACUGUGUUGGCGGCCGCCGGGUGCACAUCGGACCAGACCAAUGUGGUACAAUUCUUCAGCGCCUAUGGGGAGCACAUUCGAACAUUACGCGUCCCCGGCGGAGCGAUGCGGUCCCUGUCCUGGGAGAAGCGAUCCCUGCGCCUCGCCAUCGCCAUCGACUCGUUCAUCUACUUCGCCAACGUAAAGCCCGACCACAAGUACGCGUUCUACGGGAACACGCUGGCGUACGUGUCGGGCACGGAAACGGUUACAUUCUGGGAUACAGUUACGUUACAGUCGUGGGUGAACCACAUUCCGGACGUGAUAGACAUGUGCGGCACGGAUGAGUAUUGUGUCAUUGCCACACUCAACAUGCUCAUUAUCUCCAAUCAGCAGGGGAUCCAAUGUGACGCUAAGGCUGUAAGCAUACCCAUGGUGUACGUGGCUAUUAACAGCAAAGCGACGGUAGUUGCUGCGUCGAAAGAAUCAUUUCUAGUCUGGAAGUUCUCUACGCCGUCCAGACCAAGAAGCACAGAACAUUUAUUUCGCGCGGACGGGACGCCGGUUACAACAGGGGAUGUCAGCUACCAAGACGAUACCAUAUGCUGUAUAACUUGCUCAGAUAGCCACCUGCUGGUCGGUAGAGAUUCUGGCACGAUCCUGUUCUUCUCACUUGUGAAUUUCAAGAAGAUUACUUCGAUCAAUAUGAACUCGAGACCGUACAAAUUGGGACUUAAUUCGAAUUCCAGCAAAUUCUACGUAAUAGACCAGCCCGGUUCAUUAUACCUCCUCGACACUGACAUGGCCAACAACAUCAGCGUGGGGCAGGCGCUGCGCAAAGACGUGUGGAGCGCGCUGUGGGCGAGUGACAACCCGCAGAUGCUGGCCGUGGCUGAGAAGGCGCGCCUUUAUGUUAUGCGCGACACGGAGCCCGAAGAGCCGCUCGCGAUGCAGGGCUACCUGUGCACAUUCAAGGAGCUGGAGAUUACAACAGCGCUACUAGACGGAAUCACGGACAAGUGCACGCCGCAGCACAUCGUGCGAGUGGAAGUCAAGUCCCUCAGGGACACUCGCCAGCUCAUCGAGAAGGUCGGCUUGAAGGAGGCUGAGAACUUCAUUAAGGACAACCCACACCCGCAGUUAUGGUUACUAUUAGCUGAAGCAGCAUUAAGAAAUUUAGAAACCGAGUCGGCCUUGGAGACGGCGGAAGCGGCCUUCGUACGGCGUAACGACUACGCGGGAAUCAGAUUCGUCUCGCGACUGAACGCGCUGCAUUCGAACGCGCUGAAAAAGGCUGAAAUACUCGCUUACUUUAAAGACUUCGACGCUGCUGAAAAGAUAUACCACGAUGAAGAUAGACGGGACUUGGCCAUAGCACUCCGGAAGCGGCUCGGGCACUGGUUCCGCGUGGUGGAACUACUCAAGCAAUCCGCAAGCACCACGGACGCGCAAGUCAAGCAGGCCUACAGCAACAUUGGCGACUACUAUAUAGACCGACAGAAUUGGACCGGAGCUCUCGAGUAUUACACGAUGUCCAAUAACACGGAGGGGCUGAAGAAAUGUUACAUGGCGCUCGAGGACAACGAGGCCCUGUCGAAUCUGUUCGCUGGCUCGCCUAGGCAACCUAAGGAUGCACCCAUGAAAACUAACAUUGACGAGAUGGGUGACGUCAUCAAUGAAACGCCUUCCAUUCAAGGGAUUAUGCAGCUAAAGGAGACGGGUCGUUUGCUACAAGCUGCGGCCAUGGCAUUUCAGCUUGCUAACAUUGAGGCGUCAAAAUGCGGGUCUCCAACCCGUAUAAAGAAAUUAUACAUCCUAGCAGGUCAUCUCUACUCUCAGAACUCUGUGGACGGUGCGGCGGGGCGGCAGGCCGCCCGCAGCUACCGGCUGUGCGCGGCGCAGCACUGGCUCGCCAUGGCGGCCGAGCGCGCGCUCGCGCGCCCGCCGCGCGCCGACGCCGCGUUGCGCGCGGCCGCCCGCUUGCACGCCGUCGUCGACGACCUGCAUGUCGCGCAGCACCUACAGGUAUGGUGCACAAUAGCAUCGAUAGCGGUGGAAGCGAGAGCAUUUGAAUUAUGUUCCAAGGCAUUCAUUAAACUCGAAGCUAUCGAUCCCGACAACUUUGAAAAGUUGGCAAUUGAAAUUUUUACCAGAUGUAAACCUAAGGAUGUAAAAGGGAAUAAAAUCGACUGCCCAAAUUGUAACGCCGCCAUACCCGAAUGGAAAGCAGCUUGCCCCAGCUGCGACACGGUGUUCCCGGGCUGCGCGGUGUCGGCGCGUGCGCUGGCGGCGCCGCGCGCCGUGUGGGCGUGCGCCGCGUGCGGGGCGCGCGCGCUGCAGCACGAGCUCGUGCUGCGACACUCCUGCCCCAUGUGCCACGCACCGCUUUAAAGCC